AUGGACAAUGCCAACACCAAGCAGAAAAAACAUGUCGGCUCUUUAGAAUGUGGUAAAGAUAGAACCGUUCAAGCACCAGCCGUUCCACCGGUCGCUAUUGUUGGGAUGGGGAUGCGACUUCCUGGAGAUGUUCGAACAGGCGACGAGUUCUGGGAUCUUCUUAUCAGUAAACGGGACUGUUCUUCUGAAGUUCCAAAGAGUCGCUAUAACAUUGAUGCCUUCUAUCAUCCCGACAAGCCCCAAUCAGUGAAGACAAGACGCGGUUAUUUUCUCAGUGACGAUUACACGCAGAAGUCUGACAAGUCGUUCUUUGCCGAAAUACCAGGUUUCAACAUCUCCGAACUCGAUCCACAGCAAAUGUCGCUCAUGGAGGUGGUUUGGGAAUGCAUGGAGAACGCAGGACAGACCAACUGGCGAGGAGAACAGAUCGGAUGCUAUGUGGGAGUUUUUGGAGAGGACUGGCAUGAGCUGACAGCCAAAGAACCGCAGGACAUUCCCCGCGUGCAUACAUUUGCGAACGGAGGUUUCACUUUAUCAAAUCGAAUUUCCUACGAGUUUGACUUAAAAGGGCCCAGUGCGACCAUUCUCACUGCAUGUUCAUCCUCACUGGUUGCAUUGCAUGAAGCUUGCCAGGCUCUUUACAGUGGAAGCUGCUCCUCAGCUGUGGUGGCAGGAACUAACAUGCUGUUAACGCCUUCUACAAGCGUCGACAUGUCCCAGAACAUGGUCCUCUCCCCAGACGGCUACUGCAAAGUUUUUGAUGAAAGUGCAAACGGCUACGGUCGUGGAGAAGCGGUAAAUGCUAUUUUUAUCAAACCUCUAGAUCAAGCGAUCGCAGAUGGUGACAAUAUCCGGGCCAUCGUUCGAGGCACAUCCGCGAAUUAUGACGGAAGGACAGCAAAGUUUUACGCACCGGAUGUGAAAAGCCAAGAGCGGCUCAUCCGAGAGGCAUAUUCAAGAGCUCAGAUUCGUGAUAUCUCGCAAACAGCUUUUGUGGAGUGUCAUGGAACCGGCACACAAGUGGGGGAUAUCGUGGAGACAACUGCCAUUAGUCAGGCCUUUGAGGGGAAGGGCGUUUUCAUCGGAUCUGUGAAAUCAAACGUUGGACAUGGUGAGGGUGCGUCGGGGUUGACGGCCAUCAUCAAGGCCGUGUUGGCCUUGGAACAUUCCACAAUCCCCCCGAAUCUGCAUUUUAUGCGUCCCAACCCAAGAAUUCCGUUCGAAAAAGGUGGGCUUCAGGUCCCCACUGAUCCCAUUCCCUGGCCCCUCGAUCGCGAGAAACGCGUCAGCGUGAACUGUUUUGGUAUUGGAGGGAGUAACGCCCAUGCCAUCUUGGAAGCAGCCCCUGAUAUCGAUGAUACCGAUAGAAAAAUUAUAGACCUGCCGCUCAUCCCUCGCAUUCUCGCCGUGUCAGCUCAGAGCAAACCAGCGCUUAUGUCACGACUUGCGGGCAUACAAGAGUACAUGAAGAAGAAACCACAUACGAUACACGAUCUUGCAUACACUCUGGGAGCUUGCCGCGAUAAUCUGUCCCAUCGAGGAUAUCUGAUCUGUGAUGGUAAAAAUGGCACAUCUGAAAAUCAAUCAAUCAAUCCAGCAGGCACAGGACUUCCAUGUGUAGUAUUCGCAUUCACUGGACAGGGUGCUCAGUGGCCGGGUAUGGGAACGGAGCUGAUGAGCUACUUUGAGAUCUUCCAGCGUGAUAUCCGCACUAUGGACCAGAUAUUGCAAGAGAUAGAGUCGCCACCCUCGUGGAGCAUUGAAGAGGAGCUUUUGAAGCCAGAGAUCUCCAGCUGCGUCGAUAAGACGGAGUACUCUCAGACAUUUUCAGAUCGCUUUAGUCAACCUUAUAACUUAGGCUGGGGAAUUAGCCCGUCGGCUGUGAUUGGAUACUCCAGUGGCGAGGUUGUUGCUGCAUAUGCAGCGAAGGCAAUAUCGAUGCGUACUGCUAUCAUCAUUGCGCAUUUCCGAGGACAAUGUAACCAGUCCACCUCACACGGUGGAGGGAUGACAGUUAUUGGUCUUGGAAAGGAAACUGUCAACCAAUAUUUGAUUGACGGCGUGGUUAUUGCGUGUGAGAACAGUCCUCAGAGUGUUAAUAUUUCAGGAUCCAUGCCACUGUUGAGGAAAGUCAUUGAUCGCAUCGUGGAAAAGAUGCCAGAAACAUUCAUCCGACACCUGCCCGUCGAAGUUGCUUAUCAUUCUCCGGACAUGAUGGAUGCUGGCGUGCUUUUUGAGUCCACUAUUGCCUCUCAAAUUGCUCACAGUGACACGAUGCUUCCUCUUUAUUCGACCGUCACAGGCACCAUCUUAUCUGACCCGCAUGACCUAGAUGCUGCUUACUGGCGAAGAAGUCUAGAAUCACCGGUUCUGUUCUCUGCGGCGGUUCAGGCUUUGCUUGAUCACCAAAAGGAUCGGGCAACCGUGUUUGUAGAAAUUGGGACUCACUCUACCCUGGCCGGACCUAUCCGUCAGAUCGUGUCACCUCAGUCGGUCCAGACCUACUAUCUCCCCACGCUUAUUAGGAUGGAAGACCAGACACAAUCCCUCUUGAGAACACUCGGGGAGCUGUAUUGUCAUGGACACCCUGUCGACUUCGCAGCGAUAAACGGCACGGGAAAUGUUCUCCACGAUCUUCCACCCUAUCCCUGGGAUAGACAAAGCAUUGAUUGGAAAGAAAGUCGUCUAAGCCACAAUUGGAGAUUCCGCAAACAUCCUCAUCAUGAACUGCUCGGCUCUCGCAUGUUGGAAGCUAGUGAUAUUGAGCCAGCGUGGAGGAAUUUGCUCAAAGCAAGAGCCGUUCCGUGGCUUAGCGAUCAUCAAGUGUUAGGAGAUGUCGUGUUUCCCUGCGCGGGUUAUAUCGCAAUGAUCAACGAAGCAAUGCUCCAGCUGUUCAACACCCAAGAUUGCACAAUUCGCAAUCUGCAAAUCAAGGUACCGCUUGUCGUGCCGACAACCGAGGGUAAUAAUGUUGAGAUUGUGACCACGAUGCGGCCAUUGCGGAUAAAUGACCGACUUGAUUCCAAAUGGUUCGAAUUUACCAUCGCAUGCUAUGAUGGAAAUGUGUGGACUAAGCAUACGACUGGACAAGUGGUGGCAGGUGCCGAGAAUUUAAUGGCUGAUGUUCCAGCCACACACCGGUUUCAAAGGUCGGUUAAUUCAAAGUCCUGGUACGGCUCGCUCGCAAAAGUUGGACUACAAUACGGACCACACUUUCAAGGCUUAGAGGACAUCACUACAGAUCCUAUCAGCUUCACGGCCAACGCCACGGUUCACGGAAUAUUCAAAGGAAGCGAAAACAGCCAUGCCGUCCACCCUACUGCCAUUGACCAGUGUUUGCAACUAUUCAGCGUCGCAGCCUGCAAAGGAAGGGCAAGAUAUCUGACAAAACUCUUCAUUCCGAUGUUCAUCGACGAAAUUUCUCUCGGUCAAAAUGGUGAUUUAAUGAAGGCCGAAGUCACUGGGGAAAGCUUUACCGGAACUCAAGCCAAAUGUAGUAUUUCGUUGAGCGACGGGAUGAAGACGGUGCUCACAAUGCGCGGGGUGACCCUAGCUCAGUUGGACCAAAGUCUUGGGGACGAGACCUCCGGAAUUCCUUUGCUCUCAGAAGUGGAGUGGCUUCCGGACCUUGAUCUCCUUCCUGGGCAUCUUCAGCUGCCCAGUGAAAAGGACAGGGACAAUACACUUGGGUUGUUGACCAGGGCUUCUGUGUUGUCUAUGAUCUGCGUGCAUCGGAACAUUGCCCAAUUAGAACCAUGCUCAGAACAUCUUGAAUGCUAUAAACACUGGUUAUCAAACAAAAUCAUGCAAUUGAAGACAGAGGGGAUACCUGCUGUUCCUGAGGCGCAAUCAUGGGCCCAAAUGGACAGUGACAGCCUGAAGACACAGAGACUCACACUGGAUAAGCAGCUUGAGACUGAGGGACUGGGCUUCAUUUCCGAACUCAGCAAAGUGACAGUAAGAGAGAUGACAGCCCUUGUUGAAGGAUCAAGUUGCUCCUCAUUGGCCUCGAGAAAGGUCAAACAGGUACAGAAACUUGAUAACUGGAUUAAGUCUCUCAGUGACCUACAGGAGUGGUUUUCUCUUCUUUGCCACGCCAACCCGAACCUUCGUAUCCUCGCGGUUGGUGACGAUACGGGAUCAUUCUCUUCCUCUGUUCUUCAAUAUCUUACUUCCGACGGAAAAGUCCUCUGUGCCCAGUACACGUUGGCAGCAACACCUGACAUUGACGGUGCUCUCAAAGAUCGAUUCAAAGAUAAUAAUCUAGUAGAGUUCAAGCCGUUGGAUCUCAACAAAGAUCCGCUUCAGCAAAACUUCAAUGUGGCUCAUUAUGACUUAGUCAUUGCAUCGAAUAUUGGCCCUCGGAUGUCUGGUGUGACACCAGCAUUGAAGAAUAUUGGGAAGCUUCUGGCUCCUGGCGGAAGACUUCUAGUUCGUGAACACUGUCCCGAACUACCGGUGGUGCACUAUCUAUCAGUAAGCAGUCACAAAACCGAUCUUGGCAGAGAAGACCUAUUAACCUGCUUCAAGAACCCGUCAAAAACCCAAAUGUUUGAUGAGCCCCAAGUGGAUAUCGAUACCACGCAUAUGUCAAUCGAGGAGUGGGACGAAGAACUUCGACAUGCUGGCUUCGGCGGUGUCGAGGCAAAAGGUGGUGACGGCAGAGCGCCUUAUCGUCUCUAUCGAAACUUGAUCGCACGUAUUCCACCCAAGAGCUAUCUGCAAGGAAACACUGUUUAUCUUCUUUGUCCGAGUGAGAAGCAUCGAUAUCCCUGGUUGAUUGAAGUUGAAAAUUCUUUCAUCGAGAACGGCCACACAGUCAAACGCUGUACCAAAGAAGAAGGGAUACCACACGGGCAACGGGUGAUCUCAUUCCUCGACUUUGAGAGCCCGUUCUUCCAUAAUACGAGUGAGAAAGACUGGGUAAUGUUUCAGCAGCUUAUGAACUCCGCUCCACAGAUACUAUGGGUUACCAACUCUGUCGAGUUAAAGUGUGCAGAUCCAAACUUUUCGCUCGUAAUGGGGGUUUCCCGUACGGCACGGCAAGAACAGGAAAUCCAAUUUGGAACCUUUCAAGUCGACAACUUUGACAGCGUCGCGACAGAAGCACUACUCAAAAUAUCGAUGAAAUUCUUCAGAAAAGGGGAUCUAACUGGGUUGGAUGAUGUGGACUACGAAUUUGCCCUCCACGACGGCUGCGUUUACAUCCCCCGAAUGCGAUGGAGUUCACUUUCGGAUAGACUGCUAUAUUCACCUGACAUCGAUGCACCCAUGAAGCUGGACAUUGCCUCCUAUGGAACUCUGGACUCGCUGUCUUGGCGAGAACAUGAGCUUGGCUCGCCCGAGGCAGACGAGAUCGAAGUUGAGGUCAAGUUUGUUGGGGUUAACUUCCGUGAUGUGAUGAUUGCGAUGGGUUUUAUGGCAAACAAAGAGGAAAUGGGAAUAGAGGCAAGUGGAAUUGUGCAAAGAUGUGGUACCGGAGUGACCGAGUUUAAGAAGGGUGAUCGAAUCAUGAUAAUGCAGCCUGGGCUGUUUCGCACACGCGUGAUAGUAUCUGCCUCCCGGUGUGUGCAUGUGCGACCGUCGAUUUCGUUGGAAGAGGCUGCAUCGAUGUCUGUGGUUUACGGGACAGCGCUCUAUUGUAUAAUGGACAUUGGGAGAUUGGAGAAAGGACAGUCUGUUUUGAUUCACGCAGCAUGUGGAGGAGUAGGCCUUGCUGCAAUUCAACUUUGUCGGAUGAUUGGGGCAAAGGUCUAUGUAACUGUGGGAAGUGAGAGAAAGGCACAGUAUUUGAUAGAUAAUUUUGGCCUUCCUCGAAUUCAUAUUUUCAGCUCUCGCGAUGCCUCCUUCUAUCCCAACCUGAUGAAGCAGACUGAAGGUCAGGGCGUCGAUAUUGUGCUGAAUUGCCUUGCCGGUGAUCUCCUCCACGCGUCAUGGAAAUGCGUCGCAGAAUUCGGCAAGAUGAUCGAGAUUGGAAAGCGAGACUUCCUAGAGCAUGGAACCCUGGGUUUGGAAGGAUUUGGGGGAAAUCGGGCAUUCUUCGGCGUUGAUUUGAUUCGGCUUGCAGAAAAGCCAAAGAUUAUUACAAGACUCUUCCGUCAAGUCAUAGACUUCUACGAUACAGGGAAAAUCACCCCAGUUCGUCCCUUGAAUGUUUUCUCCAGCAUUGAUACGCACAAGGCAUUCCGUCAGCUUCAGCAGGGACUUCAUAUGGGAAAACUUGUUGUGAGGAUGCCAGAAAUAUCCGAGCAAGGCUUGAUUGCCAAGUCGCGCUGCAGGUCAAUGUUCUCACCAGGGCUAUCAUAUGUCCUCGUUGGUGGUCUAGGGGGUAUUGGACGAGCGAUAGCAACUUGGAUGGUAGAACGAGGUGCACGAAUCUUGGUAUUCUUGUCCCGAUCGGCAGGAGCCACCAGUCACGACCGGUCAUUUCGUCGUGAGCUUGAGCUGCAAGGCUGUACAGUUAUCAUGGUAAAAUGUGACGUGACAAUCCAAGAGGAGGUUCAAGCUGCCAUACACGCCUGCACUCAUCCGGUUGGAGGUAUUCUUCAGCUCUCCAUGAUAGUUCGGGACUCUUUUAUUCCAGAUAUGUCUCACAAGAAUUGGCAGGACGUGCUUUCUGCAAAGGUAACCGGAACAUGGAACCUUCACAAUGCGCUGCAUGGGAAAGAUGGCGAUCUCCAAUUCUUUGUCGUCUGUGGUUCCAUAACCGGCGUCAUGGGCAACGCUGGCCAAGUCAACUACUCAGCAGCAAAUACUUUUCUCUCCUCAUUUGCCCAGUAUCGGCUACAAAAUGGACUACCGGCCUCUGUUGUGAAUCUUGGAGGAGUCGACGAUGUAGGAUUCCUCGCGACACAGGAUAACACGCUUCGAGAGCGAAUGCGCUCAGCCUCUGUGAGAUUGCUAAACGAACAGGAAGUUCUGGAUGCAUUUGAGCUUGCCAUAUUCAGUGGCGAUCUUAGAAAGACCUCAAAGUCCUCGGGAUCGCUGCAGAUACCAAACAAUCUGAUUGUUGGCAUGAGCAGCACAAAGUCUCUUGCCGAUGCCACCGUUCGUCCGCUUUGGGGGCAAGAUGCACGUUUCCGAGCCUACUCACAUGUGGACUUCGACCCUGAAUCACCUGCCGAUGCCUCCAAAUUUUCCCAGAGUAUUCGAUACAUGAUCUCCCUUCUCGAAAAGGAGCCCGAGACUCUAGAUGGACCAGCUUGGAAGGAGCAAACAAUGGCAGAGAUCGUGAAGACUCUGCAGAAAUAUUCAACUUUUACCAGCGGGCAAGACUCCGCGCAGGUCGCUUCCAUACAUAUCGACUCUCUUAUGACGGUUGAGAUCCGAAACUGGUGUCGUCGUCAUUUUGAUUUAGACCUGUCACUGAUUGCGAUAACUAAGGCAGCGACUCUUGGAGGACUAGGGGAUUUGAUUACUGAGACGCUACGCUCCAAGUACAUAAAGAAAUAG